AUGCACAAUAUACUCUCAUUUGGUACACAAUGUUUUUAUAAAAACACUUCGCUUCAAGAAAUUCAUUUAGACAAACGCCUUACAGUACUUCCAUUUAAAUGUUUUUACUGUUGUAGGAACCUUAAAGAGAUUGACCUUUAUUAUGUGACAAAUAUUGGUGAAAAAUGCUUUGAAGAGUGUUCCAAUUUGUCUUCCAUUACUCUUGCAAAAUCAUUAAAUUGCAUCGGAUCAAAUGCAUUUUUUCAUUGUUACAACAUCAAAAACGUGACGACAAAUGGGUUAAAAAAAUUGAACACUUUGAUCAACUUUUCAACUUUUGAGGCAUUUAAAAAAUUGGAUCCCACUAUUUCAUUGUCAUCUUAUGACGUUUCUCAUUGGAAGAAUUCACUAAACGCUUUAUUCGAGUAUCCCAUUUCACAUAUAGAGUCCAAAGCGUUUUUUAAUAAAGGUAUAAUUAAUGAAGGAAGUAUUCCAAAUACUUUAACAUCCAUUGAUUGGAACAAUUUAGAUUGUAUAAAAAUACCAAAUAUGGAUUUGCGAAACGUCAGUGUUGUUGGUGAAUUCAAUAACUAUAAUUAUGCAGUCACUGCAAUUACUAUAUCAUCACAAAUACAAUUUAGAGAUUUAUAUAAACUUCAAAAUUUAAAUAAAAUUGAUGUGAUCAACAGAAGUGAAACAAAGAAAUCCUACAAAACUGCAGCUUGUUUUAUGCGAGAGAUGCUUAUGAGUCAAAAUUUAGAGAACGUUGACUAUAUCUUUACUGGAAAAGACGUAGAAAUUUUCAAUGGAAAAGUCCCCAGUUUUUGUAACCAAAUUGAUAGAUACGCAUUUAUAGAUAGACAAAUAACAAAUAUAGAAAUACACGAAAAAGUAUUUACCGACUUUGAAAUAACAAAUUGUCAAAAGCUUGAAAAGGUUGUUAUUCUUUGUUCGUGGUAUAAUAAUAAUUCUUCAAAUAUAGAUAAUUGUGAUCAAUUAAAAGAAAUUGUUUUUUUGAGCAAAAAAAAUUUGUUUGUAAAAAAAUGCCAAAACUUAACAAAGGUAACUUUACUCAAAAUACCAAAAUGGUCUAAUUAUAAAAAUACCAACUUUGUACAAUGUGAAAAGUUAAAAGAAAUUGUUAUACAAAACGAACCAGAAAAUGGAGUUCAUAAAAAGGUAGUGAGUGAACAAAUAUACGAUUUUUUGAAAGACAAAUACAAGUUUGAAAAGGGAUUUGUUAAAACUAUUGAUUAA